GGAGUGACGUCGAUUUCCCGCCAUUGCAGAGCGUGGAGUUUCUGUGUGACAGCUUUAAUACCGCACGAGCAAAAGGCUGAAUAGUGAAGACAUAUUAUUAAACAUUUCUUUAGGUCGGGUUUUUAAAGCAAAUAUAAAGUUUAAAGUACGGCAACAUGUCCUCGGCUCAGGACUGGCUUAGUAACCCCCUGGGGAUUGUGCAGAGUAUCUUUGACCAGAAAAGCACAAACCUUGAAUGGGAAAAAACGGCAGUGGCUUAUUUUAAAGAGAAGCUGCAGGAGAAUGAUGCCACCAACUGGGUUCCCUCCUUGAACGACGUCCCAUUGCACUACCUGAAACCCAACAGCCUGGUAAAGUUCCGCUGUAUGGUGCAGGACAUGUUUGAUCCAGAGUUUUACAUGGGAGUCUAUGAAACUGUUGACCCCAAUACCAAGGCAAGAGUCUUGCAUUUUGGGAAAUACAGGGAUAUUGCUGAAUGUGGGCCCCAACAAGAGGUGGAUCUGAACUCCAAUCAGAGCGUUACCCUGGAAAGGCAAACCUUGUACUGUGUGCCAGUCCCCGGAGAGUCUGCUUGGGUGAAAGAAACCCAUGCCCGUGCUAGCCAAGCUCGCGUCAGUCCUUCCACGUCAUACAUGCCGUGUCGACACAAGCGAAGCUUUGAGGAGGAUGAAGACAUGGACAUGCAGCCACACAAACAAAAGGAGCAGCUGCCAGCAGGGUCAUCUGUGUGCUCUACUCUUCAAGCUAGCGGAGAGUCAAAGAGACUGGAGAGGAUGGCCCCUUCAGGACAGCAGCGCCCCUCCCCGCUCGACCUCAACUUCCCCCUGCCCGGAGAGAAGGGGCCUGCAUGCCUCGUCAAGGUCUAUGAGAACUGGGAUUGCUUCAAAGUCAAUGACAUCUUGGAGGUCUAUGGGAUCCUGUCUGUGGAUCCGGCACUCAGUGUAAUGAACGAGGAGAGGGAUUGCAGCUUCUCGCUGGUGGACCCGAUGACCUGUGUAGACACAGCUGAGGAGCAGAGGGUACACAGCCCCCCUGCAUCGCUGGUGCCGCGGCUCCACACCCUGCUGGUGCACAGACUGGAGCACAGCAACCCGCUGCUGCCAGUCAGAGAGGAGGAGGCCAAGAACUUUGCUGCCAGUUUUGCGAGUGAGCUGCCGGUGGUACGCGCAGAGCUGCUGGGAUUCCUGACCCACGUGCUGCUCGGAGACAGCCUGGCCGCAGAGUACCUCAUCCUGCAUCUCAUCUCCAGUGUGUAUGCAAGACGAGAUGUCAUGCCGUUGGGCAAGUUCACAUUGAAUCUGAGCGGCUGCCCUCACAACAGCAAUUACACAGAGCAUGUUUACCGCAUUAUCCAACAACUGGUUCCUUCUUCGUACAGGCUGUGUAUGACUCUUCACAAUAUGAACAGCCUGAGGUUCGUUCCCCAGAAGGACUACGCAGCCAACAGGCUGGUGAGUGGCGUGCUGCAGCUGGGCAGAAACACCUCCCUCUUUGUGGAUGAGACUGUGCUGGAGCAGGGUCAACUAGACACCACAGGUGUACAGAAUAUCACAGCACUGGGGAACCUGAUAACCUGGCAGAAAGUGGAUUACGACUUCAACUACCACCGGAUGGAAUUCCCCUGCAAUAUUAAUGUGCUCAUCACAUCGGAGGGGAGAUCGCUUUUACCGUCAGACUUCCAGGUUCCUCUCCAGCCCCAGACUGUGCCCCUCAACACAGACGAGUACCUAACCAACCUGCAGGCAGCACUGCCCCCUUCUCUGCUCAACAAGUUCCGCAUCUACCUCACCUUACUCAAGACCAUGGAAUACCACAUCUCUGAUGAAGUAACAAAGGCUGUGGAGGAUGACUUUGUAGAAAUGCGUAAGGAUGACCCGCAGAGCAUCUCGGCUGAGGACUUCCACAGAAUGCUUGUUGUUGCUAGAUUGCUGUCUCUAAGUGUUGGCCAGGCAACACUGUCCUGGGAGAGGUGGCUGAGGGCCAAGCAACUGGAAGUGCUGCGGACGAGCCGGACAGAGCAACAAAAGUGUGUGAAUGGGAAUGAGCCGUGACCACUGCACACACCCCUCCCCUGCAGCUGGCGUGGCACGGAGUACCAACCAGUCAGCUUGGCCUCCUGGAUCCAGCCAAGGAAAGGCAGACAAAAUAAUUAGUGAUGAAACUGAAAAAAUAUAUAUUUACUGAGCAUCAAAAGAAACGUAUUACACUUAUAUUUGAGCAGCAAAAGUAACUUGUCAGUUAUAUUUGCAUAGAAUAUAGAUGUGACUGAACAAUGGCAAACACUGUUUUAGAGCAGGUGCAGUGACUUUAUUAUACGGAUUUAACAAUUGACCAAUCACAAAGAUGCUGCAAAAUGAUCUGUCGAUCUUGGGCAGGUGUUGGGACUCUUGGUCUCCCAGUUCAUGGCCCGUCAUUGACAGAGUGGUGUCUGGUCGUACUGUCUCGCCAGAUUUGAAAUUGCUGGCUGUGAGCACCCAAGACGGUGAGCCACAGUACACUGCCCUAGUCCAGCCUCCAACACGCCG